AUGGAUUCUGGUCUGUUAGAAACCGAUUCAGGAACAAUUGAUACAUCAAAUCUCUCGCCAGAGCAGAUCAAGUAUCUAGAGGAGAAAAAGAAGAACCAAAACCAGAUUAAAAUCCCUAAAAAUCGUUCACGCGAUUUACCACCAACUCAAAUGCCUACUCAAUCACCAUUCAUGCAACCACAACCACAACAACAACAAUUGUUUGGUAAUUACCAGCAGCCACAACCACAAGCGCAGUCGGCUUUCGCUAAUUUCCAACAGCAAAAGCCACAACAGCAGCCAAACUUCUUUGGAUCUGCUCCUCAGCAGCAAUCACAACCAUUCCAGCAGCAACAGCAGCAGCCAACCUUUGAUCUUCUUGGUCCACCAGCAUCUUCUUCUUCAUCAGCACCUAAACAGCAACAAGCGCAAUUUGAAGACUUUUCCAACAUGAGUAUGCAACCAAAGCCUCAAACUCAGCAACAAAACAAACCAAACCAGACUCAGAAUCAACCAAAGCCAAAGGCUAACUAUGGCAAUGAUUUAGUUGAUCUUGAUAAUCUUGGACACUCAAAGAAGACUCAAUACGGCAAAGCAGUACGUUUAUAA